UCGGGAGCCCGGAGGGGGUUAACGCUAACCCCUCCCCUCGGUCUGACAUCACGGGAGAGCGGGUGAGAGGCUGGAGCUCGGCGAGUGAGAGAAAGAGAGGGAGAGGAGCGAGCGCGGCUCGCCUCGGCGCCCCGGCAGCUCCACAUUGUUGCGGAUCGCCGGGACCCGGCGCGGCGAGCGGCGGAGACGCGCGGCGCACCCGGCUCGCCUUCCCCGCGCCGAGCCGCGCAGCCCCGGCCUCGCGGGCAGCUGGCCCCGGAGGCGCACGCCCGCCCGCCGCCUGGGCCCCGAGCCCACCGCGCCGCCCGCCCGCCGCCUGGACUCGUCCCGCCGCCCUCGGAGCACGGCCGGCCAUGGACGCCUGCAAGUUGGAGCCGAGCGGGCGGGUGUGAGCGCGCCGGGGGCCGGGAGCCCGCGCCGCGCCAUCGGGCAGCGGGGCGCGCCGGGGGUGGGUCCCUCUCCCCAGCCCCGCUCUGCGUGGAAGAAGAGGGCGGGGACCGGCGCGGGGGGGAGAGCGGAGGAGGAGAAGGGGCAUGACUCGUGCAACUUGCGGCGGGCAUCUGCCGAGCCUCUGAGCCGGCGGCGGCGGCCCGGGGCCGGGAUUGCUGCCCCGCCGAGCCCACCCAGCCCACCGCGCCCCGGCCGACGGCUGCGGCUGACCUGGAUCCUCGGGGCGCCCGGCGGCCGGCAGUGACCUGCCUUCGUCUUCCGGGCGGCUUUCUGGGGCGCGAGGAGCGCGCAGCCCGCGGCCCCGCGCGCCGGACCCGGGACCCCGGACCCCGAUGGCCCGGAUGGGGCUUGCGAGCGCCGCUGGACGCUGGUGGGGACUCGCUCUCGGCUUGACCGCGUUCUUCCUCCCAGGCACCCACGCCCAGGUAGUCCAGGUGAACGACUCCAUGUAUGGUUUCAUCGGCGCAGACGUGGUGCUACACUGCAGCUUCGCCAACCCCCUGCCCGGCGUGAAGAUCACCCAGGUCACGUGGCAGAAGGCCACCAAUGGCACCAAGCAGAACGUGGCCAUCUACAACCCAGCCAUGGGCGUCUCGGUGCUGGCUCCCUACCGUGAGCGCGUGGAGUUCCUGCGGCCCUCCUUCAUCGAUGGCACCAUCCGCCUCUCCCGCCUGGAGCUGGAGGACGAGGGUGUCUACAUCUGCGAGUUCGCCACCUUCCCGGCGGGCAAUCGCGAGAGUCAGCUUAAUCUCACUGUGAUGGCCAAGCCCAGCAACUGGAUAGAGGGCACCCAAGCGGUGCUUCGAGCCAAGAAGGGGCAAGAUGACAAGGUCCUGGUGGCCACCUGCACAUCAGCCAAUGGGAAGCCUCCCAGCGUGGUAUCCUGGGAAACGCGGCUGAAGGGCGAGGCGGAGUACCAGGAGAUCCGGAACCCCAAUGGCACAGUGACGGUCAUCAGCCGCUACCGCCUGGUCCCCAGCCGGGAAGCCCAUCAGCAGUCCCUGGCCUGCAUCGUCAAUUACCACAUGGACCGCUUUCGGGAAAGCCUCACCCUCAACGUGCAGUAUGAGCCCGAGGUGACCAUCGAGGGGUUUGAUGGGAAUUGGUACCUGCAGCGGAUGGAUGUGAAGCUUACCUGCAAAGCUGACGCUAACCCUCCAGCCACUGAGUACCACUGGACCACACUGAAUGGCUCUCUCCCCAAGGGCGUGGAGGCCCAGAACAGAACCCUGUUCUUCAGAGGACCUAUCAACUAUAGCCUGGCAGGGACCUACGUCUGCGAGGCCACCAACCCCAUCGGCACCCGCUCAGGCCAGGUGGAGGUCAACAUCACAGAAUUCCCCUACACCCCGUCUCCUCCCCAACAUGGGCAACGCGCUGGGCCAGUGCCCACAGCCAUCAUUGGAGGCGUGGCGGGGAGCGUCCUGCUGGUGCUCAUCGUGGUCGGCGGGAUUGUGAUCGCCCUGCGCCGGCGCCGGCACACUUUCAAGGGCGACUAUAGCACCAAGAAGCACGUGUACGGCAACGGCUACAGCAAGGCGGGCAUCCCCCAGCACCACCCGCCCAUGGCCCAGAACCUGCAGUACCCCGAUGACUCAGAUGACGAGAAGAAGGCUGGGCCCCUGGGCGGGAGCAGCUACGAAGAGGAAGAGGAGGAGGAGGGGGGUGGAGGGGGCGAGCGCAAGGUGGGUGGCCCCCACCCCAAGUAUGACGAGGACGCCAAGCGACCUUACUUCACGGUGGAUGAGGCUGAAGCCCGUCAGGAUGGCUACGGGGACCGGACUCUGGGUUACCAGUACGACCCCGAGCAGCUGGACUUGGCUGAGAACAUGGUUUCUCAGAAUGACGGGUCUUUCAUUUCCAAGAAGGAGUGGUAUGUGUAGCCCCCAUCUCCAGAGCCUCUGUCUGCACCCCCUUCUCCCCAGUCCCCACCCGCACGCCCCCUGCC